AUGCUUUUUAAUCCGGAUCUGGAAAUUUGUGAUUAUAAGGAUAAUGUAUGGUGCUACGGUGACCGUACUACCCAACAUCCGUUGGAAACCACAGCUACUACUGUUGAGUCCUUCACGAAGUGCGAGGGCCAAAAGCUUGGAACCUCCUUUCCGGAUACAACCAAUUGCCAGCAAUACUAUUACUGCUGGGGCAACGAUUCCUAUAUAAUUCUCCCCUGUCCCGUGAACAAUUGGUUUAAUCCGAACACCGGUAACUGUGGUCCCGAUAUUUCACCGGAAGCUUGCCGAGAUUUCGUGGCUACCACUACGCCCAUUAUUAUUACUUCACCUGCAACAACAGUUGCCCCGACAUCUACGGAAGCCAAUGAGAAGAAUCCGUGUGCAGAUCAGGAACUGGGAGCCAGCUUUCCGUUGCAAUCAAACUGCCAGUCAUAUCUUCUUUGCCUGGGUGGAGGUCAAUCUACGACAGCCAAAUGUCCAACUAAUGCCUGGUUUGAUCCAAGCUCGGGAGAUUGUGGACCAGAUGUAUCGCCCACCGCUUGCAUCGCAACAACCACAUCUGCCACGACCGUUGCCACAACACCGGGUUCGAGUGAUCCUUGUGCCGAUCAGGAGCUGGGGGCCUCUUAUCCCUUGGUGACGAACUGCCAGCAAUAUAUUCUGUGCAUGGGAAACGGGGAGUCCACGGUGGCCAAUUGCAUCUACAAUGCCUGGUACGAUCCGCAGACGGGAAUUUGUGGACCCGAGGUACCACCAACAGCAUGUACUGAAAGUAAAGUUUCCACCGAGUCCUCGUCAAGUCAAAACACCUCGCCAAUCACAACACCUUCCUUUACAUUGUCUACCACUUCAUCUACCAAUUAUCCAGAGGAAACAACUACUGCCCCUUCGGAUAUUUCAAAUAUCUGUUCUGGAAAAAAUGAAGGAUACUAUGCAACGUAUCCUGAGGACUGUAGUAAAUACAUAGCGUGUGCUAGUCCUGUUCCUAUAGCAUUUUACUGUCCGGAAAGACUGUUUUUCAACGAGGCUCUUCAGAAAUGCGUCGAAUGGGAAGUAAGCGAGUGUCCCAAGGAAGAUACCACAACUCCAUCGCCCGGCCUUACGACUCCGAACCCAGCUUCUUCGAUAUGUUUUAAUAAUGCUGGCAAUAAUUUACCAUUCCAAGAAAAUUGUCAAUGGUUUAUACGAUGCGUUGACGACUCCUCUUACAUGAUGGGUGUAUGUAGCAGUGAAGAGUUCUUCGAUCCCGUAACUGGGAAAUGUGGCUUUGAUGUUUCACCGGAAGCCUGUCGGGAGAUUAACACUUCCACCACUUUAGUAACAGAGUCCACCGAGAGCUCGACAACGGUGAUUAUCCCAAGUACUCCAGGUACUGAAAUAGAUCCUUGCGAAGGAGCUCCUGUGGGAAAACUUGUUCCCUAUCCGGAUGAUUGCACCAAAUUCAUCCAAUGCGUUCGACCGAAGCCCAUCGUUUUUGACUGCCACGAAGGACAGGAAUUCAGCGCCACUUUGGAGCGAUGUAUGGCUCCGUGGUAUGCCAAUUGUUCCAUCCCAGCCACAACUACAGCAGCUCCAACUACUGCAGCUCCAACUACUGCAGCUCCUAUCAAAACAACCACGUUACCUUCCACGGACAGCUUUUGUGCGGAUAAAGUCGAAGGAUCAGUGGUCCCUUAUCCCGCAAAUUGUAGCAAGUACAUAAUCUGUCAGGAUCCCAUCCCAGUUGGAUAUGCUUGUCCAGAUGGCGAAGAGUUUAGUCCUUCUGAUUUGACCUGUAUGGAAGCUGAGCUGGCCGGUUGCACCCCGAAUGGCUUGCGUCUUUUUCCGGCUAAAUUAGUGGUUAAAACUGAUUCGGAAGAAUUCAUCCUGUCAAUUUGGCAGUCUUUAAAAACAAUUGCAAGUUUUGUUACAGAUUUUUAA